UUUAAUUUGCCCCGUUCGGCGACGCGAUCGAAGAGAGAAAGAGAGAUCCGAAAAAAGCUAGCGAGAAACCCUAGAAACGAAACCCUAGAAAUCUUCGUGCUGCUCUUCUUUGUACCGGAUCGCGCUAAGGGAAAGGAGCUCUUGGGGAUCUUCGGGUCGAGCUUUUCGCGAGGUUUCGAUCGGUGUAGGUGAGGAGGGGAAAGGCGAAGGAGAUGGUGGCGGGAGCGGAGGUGAUCCAUCAGAGCAUCUCGGUGCUCGACGUGCCGUAUAGAUGCAUCGCGAAGGAAAUCGAGGAGAUGAUCGACAUCUCGGCCGCCGCCGCAGCUGUGGCGGCGCCGCGGCCCCCGUCGCCGGGGAUCCGCCGUGGGACGGAGGCGGUUGUGGUGGACGUCGCGGCGACGCAAUUGGUGAGCAUUACGGACUUGAGAUCCUCAGACGCUUGUCCAAAUGUGUCCGAAGAACAUCUACAGUUUGUUCCAACUAUUCGUUCUGGUAGUUUUGCCGACAUUGGACCGAGGAAGCACAUGGAAGAUGAACACAUUCGGAUAGAUGAUCUUUCAGCUCAUCUAGGUUCAGCACUCACAUGUCCACGGCCUAGCGCCUUCUAUGGGCUGUUUGAUGGCCAUGGAGGUCCAGAAGCAGCAGCUUACAUCAAAAGGCACGCAAUUCGCUUUUUCUUUGAAGAUGCUGGCUUUCCGCAGGCAUCGCAUGCAGAUAGCAUUUUCUUGGAAUCAGUUGAGAAUUCUGUUCGGAGAGCUUUCCUUCUUGCAGACCGUGCUUUAGCUGAUGAUGGAAAUAUUAGUAGUUCCACUGGAACCACAGCCCUCACUGCAUUGGUCUUUGGAAGGCUUCUAUUGGUGGCCAAUGCUGGCGAUUGCCGCGCGGUCCUAUGCCGAAAAGGAGUCGCGGUUGAGAUGUCGCAAGACCACCGCCCAAUUUAUGCUGGUGAGCGGCAAAGAGUAAUCGAAUCCGGCGGCUUCAUCGAUGAUGGCUAUCUAAACGGAAUCCUCUCUGUAACCCGUGCCCUUGGUGACUGGGACAUGAAGAAGCCCCCCAGCAGCGGCUCCCCUUCCCCCCUCAUUGCUGAACCUGAGUUUAGGCAAGCCGAGCUAACUGAAGACGACGAGUUUCUAAUCAUAGGCUGUGAUGGUAUAUGGGAUGUCAUGUCGAGCGAGCAUGCAGUAAGUGUGGUUCGGAGGGGGUUAAGAAGGCAUGAUGAUCCUGACCAGUGCGCAAAAGAGCUUGUCAAGGAAGCACUUAAGCUGAAUACCUUUGAUAAUCUUACCGUCAUUGUUGUUUGCCUCUCCCCUUCUACAGAAUAUUGUGGAUCUUCGCCUCAGAGGUGCGCGAAGAGUUUGUCGUCUGAGGCGCUAUGUAGUUUGAGGAGGUGGUUAGAGGAUGGUGGCGGCGAGGGUGGCAAAUGAUGUAGUGAAUCAGAGAGGGGUUUUAGGGUUUAAUUUUUUGGAUGUACAUAAUAAAAGUUGACGAUGGCGAAACAAAUUUUAUGUCCUGCGAUGUUUAUGUUAUUACAUGAGGCUGCUUAGGGAGGUGGCGAGGGAGGGAGACAAGCAGCCACAGUUUUGUAGUGGUGUUGGAUGGCUUGUUUGUACAUAAUACUGCGAUUGUGUUUUAUCAGCGUAUCCAGUUUCCAUUGUUAGCAAGUUAAUUUUGUAUUUUUAUUUGUAUAUACCUAUUGUUGUGUCA